GUAAAUAAUCCUGUUCAAGACAAUCUAGAAUUAGGUAAUAACCAAUUGUCUGACAAAAACUGGAAAAGUGUUUUUGAUGAUCUAUCAGAUGAGGAUAAAAUUCGUUUUUACGAGAAAACAAUUCUACCUUUUAAAAAUUAUCGUGAAGGUUUAUCCCGUUUGAUUAAAAAUUUGGAUCAAAAUGAACGAUUUAAUGAUAUCGUGGAUUAUUUAGAAUUACACGAAAAUGAUCGCGUAAAGAUUCUACUCGCUUUAUACGGUGGUGGAAAUCCCGCUAAGUCGUUAUUUGAAAAAUUGGAACAAUAUAAACCGGAUUUAAAAAUCAAAGAUUUGUGCAAGUGCUUGAAAACUUUUUGUUUGAAUAGCGCACUAGAGUGUUUAGAAAGCUUCAAAUAUUCAGACGAAGAAAAAGUUUCCAAUAUUAAUAAAAUACAUUUAACAAGUUUUAGCUACAAACUUAUCAGUUUUAACGCUAAUGACCAACCCUGGAAAGAUGUUGCUUUUGAACUCCUUGGUUCUAAAGAAGAUGUCAACAGAAUCGCGAAGACAAUCAUGCACCAAAAUGCAUACAGUCCCACAGAAAAAUUGAUAGAUAUUUUAUCAAGUCAAAGAUCUACAACAAUACAAGAGUUUAUUAACGUAUUAAAAGAUUGUAAAGUCCUUGAUGCUCACGAGUUGAUAUGUCAACAAAUAAUUGCGAAGAUAAAAGAAGAAAAAAUAUAGUGAAAAGAAAUAAAAAAGUAAAAAAGAAAUUAAAAGAAGUAGAAAAGACGUAGAAUAAAAAAAAAGAAGAACAAGCCUUCUUAUUGAAAUCAUAAACGACGAAAAGAGAAUCAAAAUAAAAACAUUUUUAAUUAUUUUUAUAUUAACUUUAGAUUAAUUUUUUAAUUAAAUUUUUUAAUAAUUACAAUAAUAAUUAGCUCACUUGACUUAAAAUCACUGAUAACUACAUCCACAUUGCUUGUCACAAACUAAAUGAGAAUUUAAUUACAAUCGUAUACGUCUUUAUCUAACUUUUAUCUAACAAUUUAUCCCAAAUAGGAAUUAUAUUUUUGCUAUGCGAUUUAAACCGAAUACCGUUGAAAUUAGGGCCGACGACAUCAAAGGGUCAGGGAUUUUUUUUUUUUUUUUUUAAGGAAAAUCUUGAUAUAAAGGACUUUUUUCACAAAUUGAUGAUUGUGCCCCCUCCUUCUCCCUCACUUCAAAAUUCGUGUCGUCGGUCCUGGAAAUAAAAAAGUUUUUUUGUAAAUUGAUUACUUUUGCUUUUAGCUGUAAAAUAAUGAAUACUGUAUAAUUUUUUUUUUAAUCUAUAUUUUUUCAACUAUAAUUUUUAAAUUAUUUUA